GCACUGGCCAUGUAACUCAAGCCACAAACAACUUGCAACUCUUUCCCAAACAAAGACAAGUAUUAAGUAAAAUGGCAGCCUCCACUAUGGCUCUUUCUUCUCCAUCUUUCGCCGGAAAGGCGGUGAAGCUCUCACCAUCUGCCUCCGAGAUCACUGGCAACGGGAGAGUCUCAAUGAGGAAGUCUGUGAGCAAGUCGGUAUCUUCAGGCAGCCCGUGGUAUGGCCCUGAUCGCGUUAAGUAUUUGGGACCAUUCUCCGGUGAGCCCCCAAGCUACCUCACUGGCGAGUUCCCUGGUGAUUAUGGUUGGGACACUGCUGGACUCUCAGCUGAUCCGGAGACGUUUGCCAAGAACCGUGAGCUUGAAGUGAUCCACUGCAGAUGGGCCAUGCUUGGAGCUCUUGGAUGUGUUUUCCCUGAGCUCUUGGCUCGCAACGGUGUCAAGUUCGGUGAGGCCGUGUGGUUCAAGGCCGGAGCACAAAUCUUUAGUGAGGGUGGACUGGAUUACUUGGGCAACCCGAACUUGAUCCACGCCCAGAGCAUUUUGGCCAUCUGGGCUUGCCAAGUCAUCUUGAUGGGAGCUGUUGAGGGCUACCGUGUUGCCGGUGGACCACUAGGUGACGUAGUCGACCCACUUUACCCUGGUGGAAGCUUCGACCCCUUGGGUCUUGCCGAUGAUCCCGAGGCUUUUGCGGAGCUCAAGGUGAAGGAGAUCAAGAACGGCAGACUUGCCAUGUUCUCCAUGUUCGGAUUCUUCGUCCAGGCAAUUGUAACCGGAAAGGGUCCCUUGGAAAACCUUGCUGACCACCUUGCAGACCCUGUUAACAACAAUGCUUGGGCGUAUGCCAUGAACUUUGUCCCUGGAAAGUAAGCAUUGAAGGAUUUGUCAAUUGCGAGCCCAAAUUGAAAUUUGACUUGUUUUUUAAUUAUAAGUUUGAUUGAACAACCAAUGGUGUUUGUGGUGUAAUUAAUUUCAUCUAUUGAAAAACCAGUGAACUUUUCACAUCAUCA